UGUUUGCGACGCUUUCUAUGAGCCCCAACAUUACUGUAACUUAUUUCCGUAGUUUUUGGGCACGCUUGCCGUGCCCGGCUUAUUGACGCAGUAAGCGAAAACCAGCUCGGCCAUGUGGCGCAUUUGCGCGUGUACACGCGUGUACUGCGUCGUAGCGCCUAAGACAGACAAGUUUUCGCGCAUUCUGUGGCCCCCAACCUUAUUGUAACUAACGUCGUUGUAUUUGAGGUAGUUUAGAAGCACGGUUGCCGCGCCCGGCUUAUUGACGCAGUUGCGAGUGUACUGAAUCUUAAUGGGACAAGUUCGUUAUUUCUCAGGCCCCAAUAUUGUAAUUUAUUUCUUUACACUUAGAUGCUAAAGUGCUAGAACUUGCUUAAAGCUAAUUGCUCUUCAGCGUAAUUUUGACCGUUCACCACUUUCGCACGUAUUGCCUUCCCAAGCUGUUUAUGUAAGUAUUAUACAUGUUGUAAUUUACGUUUUUGAACAAAUGGCCUCCUGCAAAGCCAUGUACGGCAGCUACUGUUGUGUACCGAGGUGCACAAACAACGGAAGAACGCGAGAGAAGCCCGGAACGCACUUUUUUCGAAUCCCACGGGACCACAGGUUUGAACGUUCGAGGUCGAAGGCAUGGGUGACAUACACCCGAAGGGCUGACCUUAUGGAAAUGCCAGUCAAUCUAUUGUACACAGCAUACAGGAUUUGCAGUGGCCAUUUUACUGCGCAAGACUUCAUGGACCCAGGGCGCACACGGCUCACUAAAACGGCCGUGCCAACAGUUAACUCAGGUUACGUCCAGCCUGUAACUGAGGGGCAAGAUGGCGAAUGUGUCGUGCAGGAGAACGAGAAAGGAUUCCUCAUGACGGCGAGCUGUGUUGCCGAAGGAAACCUACCAGGCUACAUUGCUCCCGUGAGCGAGCUAGAUGCUGCAGACUCCCAAAUGGACAUCUCUGGAAGCAGUUCGACUGGAGCUGAGCUUUGUGCUGUUCAUGAUGAUGCGUCCGAGGUCUCCCCAAGUGCCAGCAGCUUCCUUGCGUCCGAGGUCUCCCCAAGUGCCAGCAGGUUUCUUGAUUCAGCCUCAAGCUCAGUAGGAGGCUUCCCUGUUGCUUGCAACAGUGCAGCAAAGGGCUCUCUGUCGAAGAAAUUGAGGAGGACCAUCCGACGACUGCAGUCUAAGGUAGCAAGCUGCCAGUGGACUAUCUCACGGUUGCGGAAGCACCAGCGCCAGCUACCACCGUCCAUUUCAAAAGCACUAGGCAUUAUCCAUCCACAUGUGACAGAGGAGGUUUAUAAACUGCUGUGUGCCACAUGCAGUUGCAGCAGAGGGGCAAAGUCAAGCGCUUCCCUGUUUGGCUUAAGAAAUUUGCUUUACAUUUAAACUUUCGGGGACCACGAGCAUACCGUUUUUUGGCACCAGUUUUCUCUUUACCUACACAACCGUCUCUGAGACGGUGGUUUAGGAACAUUAGAAUGUCACCAGGGGUAAUUCCUAGAAUAACAGAGCGUUUCAGCUAGCACUCGGGCUAGGAAUGCGCGCGAUCGAGUGUGCAUCCUGAUUUUUGACGAAAUAGCCUUAAAAAGAACUUGCCUUAUGAUGCGGGUCAGGAUGUUGUCCAUGGAUUUGUAGAUGAUGGCAUGGAACGGUCAUCGACUAUUGCUGACAGGGCAUUGGUUUUGCUUCUCGCUGGUAUUUCCAAGAGGUGGGUGCAACCAGUCCCAUUUACAGUUGGACACACACUGACAUCAGCAAGCAUUAUGGCUAAAUUACUCAACUCAAUUAUUAUGCAACUGAAAGCCGUUCAAAUUAUUGUGAAGCAGUAGUUUGUGAUCAAGGUACAUCUAACGUAAGCCUAGCUCAGCAGUUGGGCAUUACUGUUGAGAAACCGUUUUUUGAAGUUCUGGGUGAGCGAGUCUAUUUCAUUUUUAAUGUGCCUCAUUUAGUCAAAACCACACGUAACAAUGUCCAAGCUCAUAAGCUACUAAUUGGGAAUGAGGUUGUCGAUUGGUCGUACAUUGAACGCCUCUACAAAUCGAUGCAUGAACUGCGGUUGCGAUUGGCUCCGAAGCUGACAGAGCGGCGCAUCUACCAGAAACAUUUUCCAACAUGAAAGUUAGCCGAGCGGCACAAGUACUUAGUUCAUCCGUUAGCAUAGCAAUUAUGGCAUUAGUUUAUGUGAAUGAACUCCCAGCAUCAGCCAUAGCUACAGCAAAUUUCUGUGAGCGUAUGGACAAGAUCUUUGACGCUCUGAACAGUUCAAGCCCCCAUAAAAAUGCACAAAAGUGUCAAACGGAAUUAAAUAGGGUGACAAUGAAUUAAUUCAAUUUCUUCGAGAACAGCUUCUGUGGUUCCCAUCAUGGAAAUUUUCUGCAAAGCGUCAGCCACGAACAGUCAUUGGAUGGCAGAUCACUAUUCAGGCGAUUCUCCAUCUUUGGGAAGACCUCUCAAGAAAUUAUGAAUGUAUUUACUUGCUAACUCGUCGGCUGCAGCAGGACCCCCUCGAAAAUAUGUUUGGGCGCAUCAGGCGGAAACAAGGGUGCAAUACUAACCCCAAUGUAGCGCAAUUUAUUUUUAGUUUGAAACAUAUUUGCAUUCAAAAAGCUUUAACUCUCCGAGAAAGCAAGUGUAGAAGAUGAUGAAACUGAACUCCUUAAAGAAGUGUCGCCGUUCUCCCUGAACAGUUCUUCUCUGGUUGACAUUGUGGAAUGGGUUAAGCCAGACGACUUUCCAUGUCUUGAGGACAUUUCAGAACUGGCAGCCCACAUUGAUUCUCAUAUAAUCGAUGAAUCCGCAGCUUAUUACGUCGCUGGCUUCCUGGUGAAAUUAUUUGUUACAAGCACUGUGAAAGAUUGCACUUGUCGCCACUUGUUACUGGGUGAAGAGAACGCACUGAGUGCAGCGCACCAAUAUUUCACAAUGUUAAAAGCAUAUCACGUACCAAGCAAACUUUUUGGAAAUCUCACUGUGCCAUCACAAAGGGUAUUUACUUUUGUUCGGGAAUUGGAGACCCACUUCCUUGCCAUGAUCGAGGCUACAGCGCAUCUUGCGUCUGUCUGGGAUGUUUUGUUUCAGUAUCUGUCUCGCGUUGGGGACAUGGAAUUUUGUUCCGUUGAGUGUCGGCAGAGGUUCGUCAAAAUGUAUUGCCGGAUCCGUUUGUGUUGGCAUAUCCUAUUUGUCAACCGUAAUUUAGAUAAAAAUCGCUUUCAGUCAUCUGUUUCUGGCGUGCAGCUUGAAAAAUUCAAAGGUUGAAAAAUUCAAAUUUCAAGGAAUUAGGACUUCCGUUAAACCAGUGAACAGAUAAUUUUUCUAAAUUAAGAUUGCUGUUUCAGGUCUGCUACUGCUUGCUUGUUCGCACUGGAUCGCAAUGCGGAAGGGUCAGUCGUACAACAGUGACGU